AACAAAACAAUUUAUGGUCGGCCUCAGUGUCGUCGUCGCGGCUGUAGAACCACGCCCGCACAGUCAUGUUGGCCUGUCUGCAGAGGAGACAGAACCCACCUCCACAACACCCAGCAUGCGUCGCCAAGGCCCUUGAGCCGCCCCCCCAGCCCAUCACCCGAAAAUGUGAACUGGCUGUUCCUGUGCAUUCACCCCGCUAUCCCAGCGCCGCGGAGCUCGAUGCCUACGCCCAGAAGACGGCCAACAACCCGCUCUCCAUCAAGAUCUUCCCCACUAACAUCAGGGUCCCACAGCACAAGCACCUUAACCGGACUGUCAACGGCUAUGACACGACAGGGCAGCGCUACAGCCCUUACCCACACCUUCACACGGGGGGCUACCAAGGCUUACUGGCCAUCGUCAAAUCCUCUUCCUCAUCCUCUUCCUCCUCUUCUUCAUCCUCCUUUGCUCCUACAACCAAGGGCGUCCUUAAGAACUCGGAGGGCAGGCGGACUAAGCUUUCACCGGCCCAGAUUGCAGUUGCGCCCUACCCACCCCCAAGCAACAGCACUUUAGCGCACUGCCACGGACAGAUGGUGUAUCACACGGGCCCUCCGAAGCCUCCUGAGGCUACCACCGUCUCCGUGCCCCCCAACGUCACCGUGGCCGGUUCUGUCAUCCCUGUGGCGGGUGGCAGAGGCCUGAACCUGCCCCCUCAGUCCAACCUUCCUUCCAUCCAGAGUAUCAUCUACCAGAUCAACCAGCACUGCCAGGCCCAGGCUCUGCAGCAGGUGUGCCAAGGGGCAACGACCACAGGACCUUCCAACCUGAGCCCGUCUAAGCAGGGUGCCACAGUGUUGGGUGUCUCCAACGGCUCCUCAGGUGGGAACUUUGUGGCGGGCAUGGCACCGCAGGGCAACUUGGCCUAUGGCGGGACAGUGCUGCCGGGACAGGGCGCAGAGGGUAUCAAGGUGGGGGUGUAUGCAGAAGGCAUGGACUACAUCCUGUGGCAGCAGAAGCAGCAACAGCAGCAGCACCACCAGGCGGUGUUGCGGAUGUACAGCGGAGGAAGCGGGAGCGGAGCGGCCGUUAGCAAGUCGCCCGAGACCUGUCCUUCCGGAACCGGAGUCCUGGUGGGUGGCACCCAAGUGUCUUCCUCCUCCCGAGCCUAUCCACUCACGGCCAGCGCCAGUGGAGGGGGCGGGCUGGACAAGGUUAGCUCCUCUCCGCUGAACUGCGUGGGCAUGCAUGGGAACUUCUCUGUGGGCCAGUACUUUGCACCUCCGUGGAACAGCGUGCUGGUGACCCCCGACAGCGACUGCUACAACCCCCAGGAGAUGCCUGGGACGACCACGACAGCCGGGCCGACCACAGGACACCGGGAGCUGGGUUUCCCCCAUCACCUUCACCAUCAUCAUCACCAUCAUCAUCAUCACCACCACCCUCCCAUAGACAGCGCUGGUGGCCUGUGCUGUAGCUUGCCCAGCAAAAGCCUCUGCAAUGCUUCUGUGCUCAGCAGUAGCCUGCAGUCUCUGGAAUACCUGAUCAACGACAUUCACCCACCGUGCAUCAAGGAACAAAUGUUGGGGAAAGGGUAUGAGACUGUAUCGGUUCCCCGGCUGUUGGACCACCAGCAUGCACACAUCCGUCUCCCCGUUUACAGAUAG